AUGGGCACGGUGGAUGGUGAUGAUUACAUAACCAAGCCACAGACUGCACAGCCGCAUGUCUUGGCCAAUCGGAGCACAACACACCCGACCCAAACCGACGUCAGUGUCCAAUGGCCCCCCUACUCUUCCAGCUUCUCGCUGAGUCCGCCACCUAGGCCAAUGUGUGACGCUGCUGGAACCGCCAGAUGUGCUUUGCCAGCCCCGAAGCGACUUCCUACCACCUCACUCCACCUUGGCUUAUCCUGUGCUUUCCCGCGCUCUCCCUCCAUCACCAGACCCCGACGCCCAUUCCUAUACAAAGCCCGCCCCCGCUCACGGUCCACCGGUUUGUAG